ACCGCCAACACUCCUCUUUUCAUCGAAUUUUUCGAUGAAGAUACAUUCCCAAAUUACGACCUUAAUAGCUCAGUCAUGAGACUCCCCACCCUCUACGCGUCGUUGUGAUACGCAAAAGAUCAGGAACUGCAGGAAGCUUGAUGAUCAGUCGCAAGUUUAUUGCUAUGCAGCGCCAUCUUCCAUGCCUGGCCAUGGAGGAGAAUGGUCACCUCGGCAUAUGUAGCGAUCUUCCUUUGCCUGCAUGUCUACAAUCCUGUGGCCGAAAGGGGCUGUAUAGCGCAAUUGCCCCUGGAGCCCGAAGUAAUGACGGGCAUUGCAUAUUAACGUCUAACACAAGCAGAUAGAAGCUUCGUCCUGAGACUUUCUCCGACAACCUAGGGCGGUCAUCAAGUGAUGUAGGUAACAUCUUCAAUGGUAGCAAAAUGCCAUCUUCGCUCUUAUUAUCGCAAUGGAGACUGAGAAGACCCAAGAACGACUGAUUCCAUUAUAAUGUUAUCCUUUCCGAUGCAUACCUAUCUAGACUGGGUACCGUUUUCCUUAAUCUCACUGGUCCUUGUAGUGGCAGGUUGGACCUGGGUCAACACUUGGCGGCGGUCGAAGAUAUCCUUGCACCACGUUCCUUUAAGCUAUCCUCAGACGGCUUACCCUGAAGUCAAAAUCCCAGGCGUUGGGGAUCAUCUUGCGGCACUGGUCAAUCAGAAGGUCCCGUCGUUAGCAGGUCCGGAGGCGAGACUUCAUGGUGUUUGGUGGCUACCUGGCGGAAAUGCGCAAACAUUAUACACAUCCCUUUCUGAUUUCAGCGAUGUCGAUACCGUGACAUACCAACGGUAUGGUUUAGCCAAUGUUGCGGAUGGCGGCGUGAUUGCGAUUGACAUUGCACCACCUUUACAUUCGCAUCCUGUCCGAGAUGGAGAGACCAUUAUUCUGAUUGCGCAUGGACUAACUGGUGGCUCCCAUGAGCAUUAUGUUCGUUCGGCAGUGAAUGCAUUAAGAGCACCAGCGGAACGUGGUGGUUUGGGUGCUAGAGCAGUGGUGAUGAACUUCCGGGGCUGCAAUGGCAGUCCGGUCAUUACGCCUAAAUUGUAUCAUGCCGGCUCAUCUGAUGAUGUAAGACCGAUUGUCUUAUGGAUCACUCAUAUGUUUCCCCAGAGUACUAUCUUUGGUCUGGGUUUCUCUCUUGGAGCGAAUGUCCUUACCAAGUAUUCUGGAGAGGAGGGUGAAGACUGCCCGUUGAGUGGCGUCGUGGCGCUCGCCAAUGUAUGGGAUUGGUGCCGCGGAAGCCAGUAUGGCUUGAAUGGGAACCUUGCGAACAGAUUUGUUUAUCGUUACGUCUUGGCAGACGCACUACGCUCGUUGCAUCACCUGCAUCGACACAUAUUUCUUUCGUCACCUUCGUCGCCGCUUCCAGUUGACCUGUUGGAGAAGCUAUCUAAAAUGGGAAGGAUCACCCUAACGGAUUUUGACAACAUGAUCACAAGUAAACUAUAUGGGUUCAAAGACGCAAAUGAUUACUAUACCAGAAUCAGUUCUGUCAAGGUCCUCGAUAAUCUUCGGAUCCCUCUGCUCGGCAUCAAUAGCAAGGACGACCCUAUCUUAGGAAAGGACAACCUGCCCUACACCGAGGCUUCUCGGAAUCCUUGGUUUGUUUUUGCCACUACCGAAGUGGGCGGUCACAUGGGCUGGUUUGAACGUCAGCAGGACGGCAGUCUCAAGCGUUGGUACGUCAAACCUGUGAAGGAAUUUUUCAGUGCUCUUCUAGAGGAGGGACUCCCACAACGACAUAAGCCUGCAUUUACAAUCAAUGAUCAAGGCAUGGUACAGCAACUGGGCAAUUCGAGCGUUGCCUUUCGAGAGGUCGAGCCUGAAUCGUUGAAACUUUUUACUAGUAGAUCUGAUGAUACAAAGUUGUAUUCCGGAUGGUAGUAGUACAUAAACUUCACUUACUAAUACAACUACAUUUUCUGCACCUC